AUGGCUGCACGAUCCGAUUCCGUGAGGUCGGUAGACAAUGAGGGACAGAGGUCGAUUGAGUCUGAGAAGAAGAUUGGAGAGGUGGUUGCUUGUAGUGAUGCGGAGUCUGAGGGGCGGGGUGGCAGCGAUAAGAGCGAGGCGAUUCCGCUGAAGAUGAAGCUUAUUGCUGUUCUUUUGGUUACGGCAACGGGGUUUGGGUCGCAUUGGAGUAGUGGUGUUACUGGGGCGAUGAAGAGUACGGUCAAGAAGGAAUUGCAUAUCAACAAUGCGCAGUACUCCGUGUUGGAAGCCAGCGAGGAUUUCAUGAAGACCGCUUUGAUUCUUGUCAGCGGUCUUGUCACCGAUAGGAUUGGUGGUGCAAGUGCCAUGCUCUGGGGUAACGCCAUCUACAGCAUCGGCGCCAUCUUCAUCGCAGCCGCCACGACCGUCCGCUCAUACAAGUUCAUGAUCUUCGGAUCCAUCGUCCAGGCAUUCGGCGACAUAGCCACGCAAGUCGCGCAGUACAAAGUCUUCAGCUCCUGGUUCGCACCAUCCAAUGGCUUCGCAUCGACCCUAGGCUUCGAACUUGGCAUCGGCAAGAUUGGAUCUUUCGUCGGCAAGGCCACGGCAAACGUUAUUGCGAAGAACACUGGCGACUUCAGUUGGGUGUACUGGGUCGCUGUCUUCAUGAACCUCUUCACGAACGUUACUACUCUGCUAUACUGGUUCUUCACGCGCUGGUGCGGGAAGAAGUAUACUGGCACCGCCGAUCCCGCGACUGGAGAACAGCUCACGGAGAACAACAAGAAGUUUGAGUUUGGAAAGGUUCUGCGACUUCCUUGGACUUUCUGGAGUAUCGUUGCUUUCUCCCUCUUCCAGACCAGCACCGCCUCUGUCUUCGCUCAGAACGCAACCGAGUUCGCUGAGCAGCGCUUCGACAUGGACGCUGUCAAAGCUGGAUGGUACUCCUCCCUAGCACAAUAUCUGGGCUUCUUCCUCGUCCCAAUCAUCGGCAUCUUCGUAGACAUCUUGGGCAAUCGCAUCACCCUGAUGCUUGUCUGUGGCUUGGGUAUGCUCCUAUCCAUGUGUCUGGCCACAUGGGGCCCAACAUAUUCCGGCACCGCAGCUUCAUUCGGUAUCUACGGUGUCGCAUCCAUGUUUGGCCCGACUGUCAUCAUCGACUCGAUUCGCACGUCCAUGUGGUACCAAGAAGUCUUCGGUUCUGGCUAUGCUGUCAAGAUCGCCGUCAACAACGCCAUGUCGAUUAUUAUCCGUAUCAUCACGGGUGUCAUCCAAGAUCGGGAUGACAACUCUUACGAUAAUGUCGUUAUCGUGUAUGUUGUACUUUCCGCUUGCUCGGUCGUGGUCGCCGCGAGCAUGUUUGUCGGCUGCUUUUGGACGAGCGAUCUGGGGCACCUCCAGUGGACUAGGAGCCAGCGCAUUAGGAAGGGCGAGAUUAUCAAUGUGCGGAGGAAGGAGUUUGAGUGUGGUUCCGCCGGUGAGAGGAACAGGAAGAUCAGCUUGUCGUUGUUCGUUGCGCUGCUGUUCUUGGUCGUCGGCUCGUGGGCGGCUUACUUCUGGGGUGUUGCGACAGGUAACAAUGUCUGA